GUUUCUCCACACCAACCUCGGGGCUAUUUACAGCGACGCAAGGAUGCGCGGCACCAAGAUCGUACCAGGUCCGUGCCGCGCCGCGGUGCUGCGUUCGUACUGCAGCGUCCAGUACCACCGCGGUCUCGCAGCCAUGAGUCUCCUUCUCUCAGCGUCCCUCGUCGCCAUGCCGUUUGAAGCCUACAUUUCCGAGACACUGCCAUGGGCGACCGCGUUGCCCGUGGCCCAUGACCUGAGCAACCUAACGCUCUUCAACCAAACGGCCCUCGCAACGCACCAAGCGCUCUACUCGCACUCGACGCUGCCCGACGGCGCGACCUAUGUGUUCGAUGUUUCGCGCAAUGCCCACGUGUGCCGACAUGCCCUGUCGACCACGAGCAGCUCCCUGAGUCUCCCGGGGGUCCUCUUCUACGGCAGCGCGAUGGCCGACCUCUUGCGGUCGUUUGCCCACGACUCGGUCAGUGGUGCGUGGCAUCUACGGGGCACGUGUGUCGUUGUGCGUUUUAUCACACUGCCAUUGGCACACCAAUGCAUUUGGCUUACAAGAGAUGGCUCUCUCGACAGCGCGGAGUAUACGCUGACGUAUGCGCUAACGCAAUACCCCUACCCGGCGCUCAUCUGGUUCAAAUUUUGGUGGCGGGCGGGCACGACGGUGCUGCUCCUCGGCUUGCUCUGGCGACGUUAUUUUGGCCCGCUAAUGGGCUUGGCGCGCACCCUGGCCGUGUACGGCCAUCACAAUGACUUGGCGCCUGUCUGUACGUGGCGCUACGAGCUCAUUGCAGGCGACCCAACCGCACCCUUGCUCGUGGACCCGCUGGUCGUUAGCGCCUUCUUUGUCGAUUUUACUCUGAGUCCGCACAUGGUGGCCGUCGCCGUGCUUCGGUUGCUUCAAGUGACAGACAUUGGCGCGUUGUGCAAAGCGGCCAUCUACCUCUUCCGCAUGGUUUGGUUUGCCUGCUUCUCGCUUGUCGCGGUCAACAAGCUGCUCAAGCGCUAUCGCCUCGAACACGUCUUUACAGAAGUCGACCCGAUGUGGCUCGGCCUCACGGUGCUGGUCGUUGGCCCGCUUGUUUGGGUCACCAACGUAGCGCUUCCGAGCUUCUUGGACGCCUAUCGCUACCUCCUCGUAUGCUGGUAUACCAACGACCGUGUUCAAAUCGAAGUCGCGGUCGCCGGCACCGUCUAUAUUCUCAUCAUUGCAACGAUUCCGCUCUGCUUUGGCCUGCGUCCAGCGCCCUGUCGACGCCGACGCGUGCAGCGGGUGCGCUACAGCAGCUUUUUGUACAACUCGACCAAAAAUCGCGUGCUUUUUUCGCUCGUGCCGGCGCUGCGCGGCAAGGACGACAAGGACAUGGGCGGCUCGAUCUAUCAGCUGUUUCGUCGCUGCGCCCGCGCCAAGGCCCUCCCGGUUGUCAACACGCGAGGAACCGACUGCUACCUGCUUUGCUACUGCAACAACUUGCUGCACUCCAAGAUUCGUUUGAGUCUCAUAGCGCAUCUCGACCUUCAGAGCAGUGACCAUAUCGUUGAGAUUGUACCGGGCGCGAGUGCCUACUGCUUCAACUACCUUGUCGUUCCCGACCACGAGGCAGCAGCCGAUCAAAAGGUGUUUCGGCCGCAGCUUUUGUGUUCCCUGAAUGCGUCGCCGUGGUGUAUGUGACUAUCAAUCGAGUUUCGAAUGGGCCCACUUUGCACGAGACAUAUGAUGUAUUAUGUUGUGGGGGCCAUAGCUGACUGCGUCG